UAAUGAAGAUCUUUUCUUAUCCUGCGAAUUGUUCAAAGCUACUAUUGUUGGAAGUGAUGUUGUGAAUGAUAUUUAUGGACGUAACAUGUUAAUUGGUUGGUUACGAUGGUCAAGCGCGAGUUGGGGGCGCAUGACAAAUUG